CCGGGUUUUAACUCCUCCCCACCCCCGGGGCUGACGGGAAGAUGGAGGAGCGGGUUUCAGUCCAGUCGCAGACCCUGCAUUCGGAAUUCGGGGAGGAUCUGAGGCUGCCGCUGCGGAACAUGGUGCAGGGCCUCAGGGAAGUGGUGUCGCAGUUGCGAGAAGGGGAAUCGUUGUGGAGGUCUGAAGAUUUUGACCUACAGUUCUUCUGGAAAACUCUAGGUGACUGUUUUAAAGCAAUAUCACAAGAAGCAACAAAGCUAAGUCUGGCCUUUUCGAAACCACCCUUACCAUCUGUGCAAGACUGUCAGAAACUCACUGCAGACUUUCAGAAGAACAUCCUUAAUUUAACCACUGUGUACUAUUGGUUACCUAAGAGUCAAGGUGUGACUCUACGACGACUAGUUCGAGAUGCCACAAUAGACAUAGUAGAGGGAGUUAUUCAGCUAUUGAAUGUGAUACUGAGCACACCACUUCAAAGUUUGUCACAGGAUCAGCUGACAUCCACAGGUGUAGUUUGGGAAGCUUGUGACCGAUUUUCUAAGUUACCAAAAGAUAACCAGGUGGCUGUCCUAUCACUGAUGUCUUCCUCUGCUGCUAUUGUAGAAGAUGCAUUGGAGGAAAUGGAACAGGCUCGGCAUGCAGAUAAUCCAGAUCCAUUCAGUGACAUUUUUGAUGAUGCAGACUCACGAGAAAAUCGGGAUACUUACUGGUCAGAAACAGACAAACAGUUGAUGGCUCCUUGCUUAGGACUAGUGAAAGCAGCCAAAGCAUGUCUGAAAAAGGUCUCUGGAGCCAUGAAAACUCAUGGGAAGGUGGACAGCUUACAACACACAACACAGUUGGAUGAUUUGGGUGAUAUUACCUGUGAAAUUAGCCCGAGUGUUGAUGAAUUGGUCUUAAGCCUUUACCCUCCAAUGAACUAUAUGACUGUACAAAUGAAUGCUGCAAAGGUUGCUUCUGUCCUGAACAAAGUUCUGGAAAUAACGAAAUCCAGUCACAUAUGCCCUGAAUCUGAGAACAGCUGGUUGCAGUUUCUAAGUGGAGCAAUUGAGCACAACAUGGACAAAGUAAAGGAUUUAACGCAGGGCAGUACUUAACAAAUAGAGCCUACAGUGCUGUUUGAAGAAAACUACAGACUGUGCAGGAGUACAUUUAAGAACCACAAAGCAGUGAAUAAAAAUAGUUGUAAACAUUUUGACAAGUGAUGAGUGUUUAUGUACAUAAGCUUACAAUUUCUGUAGGUGAACAUUUAUUUUAUCAAAAUUGACCACAAUUCUGCUUCUUUCAAGACCCACUGUCCAAAUUUAAUGAUGAGCUUGCAUGGACCUUGUCAUUCUUAAAAAUGUAGAGUUCUCUUCAGUUCUUUGAAAACUGCAGCAACAUUCGAACAUCAGAUUGAAAGGUAUAUGUUUUUUGGUUUUAGGCCAUUUUUGUUUUUAAGGAUGCAGGUGCGGGUUACAAUUUUUUUCUUUCAUAGCAUCAAUGGAGCGAAAGUCUCCCACACCUGCUAAACGUUGCUGCGUGAAAUAAGUUCGAACAGUCUUCACCCAAUUUUCAGUAAUUACACCUACGGUACGGAACAAUGCAAACCAAGUCAAUAUUCAUUUCUGUUAAUUUUUCUAUACGCUGCAGCAAAUUAUGGUGCUUAACUCCAUGAGCUUUUGUCUGGCAGAAGGAUUGCGUUUGAGAUUUCUAAAAAAUGCUCUUCAAGUGAGAUGGUGUCUCCCAGAUGACAAAGAUGAUGUAAUUUUUUUGCCUCUUUUGUGGGCUUUAAUAAAAUUAUUCUGCUCUUUA